AUGAUCCACGUGUUACAGCUGGGCGACAGUCGGGUGAACAUGGCGGAGUCUGAGGAGUCGCUGAAAUCGGGGGGUCCCCUGCUCUCCCUGGACCCCAAACUACAGGAGGAGUUCAAGAGGAAAGUGCAGAAGAUCCGCAAGAAACCGAAGGUGGAGACCCUCACCCCGGGCGUCCUCUAUCUCGGACACAUCCCGCGCCUGCUCGCUGAACCGCAACUCAAGGAAUAUUUCAGCCAGUUUGGAACCGUCUCCAGAUUACGACUGUCCAGGAGCAAGAAGACAGGGGGCAGUAAAGGUUACGCCUUUGUGGAGUUUGAAUGUGAUGAAGUUGCUCGGAUCGUAGCGGACACGAUGAAUAACUAUCUGUUCUGUGAGCGGCUGCUGAAGUGUGAGUUGUUGCCCCCGGAGAAGGUUCACCCCAAGCUGUUUAAGGGCUGUAACAACGUAUUUAAGAAGCCGUCCCUCCCGGCGGUGAGUCGGUACAACAAGCAGCGCGACCCCGAGCAGCAGAAGGUGAUGACGGGGAGACUCCUGGGGAAGGAGCGGAAGCUGAGGAAGCGUCUGGCGGAGAAAGGGAUCGACUACGACUUCCCAGGAUUUGCUGCAAUGAAGAAAGCGGCGCAGACAGAGACCGAUCCCAACCUUUCCGUGAACAGUCAGGACGUCACCCCGGUGUGCACCCCGUCUGUGCUGCAGAGGAGGAAAUCUGCUCGACUUGAGGCGGCGGACGACAGCGAUGAUGAGAUUGUCCUGAAGUUACCAGAAGCCAAAACCAGCUCCAAAAAGAAGCAAAAAAAGAUCAGCAAGACAGAAAAGAGUCAGAAGAUCAGGAAACUGAAAUUACAGACAGAUUAAAGGGACUGGAGUGGAAAGACCCCAUACACAGGGGCGGAUGCUUCUCCUGAUUGCUCCAUGUACACAGGGGGCGCCACCCUACAGCUUCAGUCUGGAUAUGUUGCUGUCAUUUGGCACAAAUGGUGGAGCACAACACGGACUUAAUACUGCUCCACUUUCUGCUGUCGGACCUUGCCCUCCUGACUUGCCAUCACCUGGCUGUUCCCUGGCAUCACCCUGUUGAUCAUCAGACUGAAUCCUGAGGCUUUAUUCCAGUGUUUCCCAACCAGAGUGCCUCCAGCUGUUGCAAUACUACAACUCCUAGCAUGCCCAGCCUUUGAAUGGGCAUGCUGGGAGUUGUAGUUUUGCUACAGCUGGAUGCUUACUCAUUGGGGAAAAACUGCUGUGGAUUUUGCUGUCACUGAUUGUAAUAAACUGGUUGUCAUUUUCGGUA